GUCCCUUGUAGUUGUCCACUUCUGGGCACCAUGGGCUCCUCAGUGUGCUCAAAUGAACGAGGUUAUGGCAGCACUGGCAAAGGAGCACACACAGGUUGCAUUUGUGAAGCUGGAAGCUGAAGCUUUGCCUGAAGUAUCUGAAAAAUAUGAAAUUAGUUCUGUUCCAACGUUUCUGUUCUUUAAGAACUCUCAGAAGGUGGACAGGUUGGAUGGUGCACAUGCCCCCGAGCUGACCAAGAGAGUGCAGCGCCACACAUCCAGCAGCUCCUUCUCUGCUGGUUCCAAUGACAGUGUGAAAGAAGAUCUGAAUGUGCGCCUCAAGAAACUCAUCAAUGCUGCCCCCUGCAUGCUCUUCAUGAAGGGGUCUCCAAAAGAACCUCGUUGUGGUUUCAGCAAGCAGAUGGUGGAGAUUCUGAACAAACAUGGCAUUUCAUUUAGCAGUUUUGAUAUUUUCUCUGAUGAAGAAGUUCGACAGGGGCUAAAAACAUAUUCUAACUGGCCAACAUACCCGCAGUUGUAUGUAGCUGGAGAGCUCAUAGGUGGACUUGAUAUAGUGAAGGAACUUGAAGCCUCUGGAGAACUGGAGACGGUCUGUCCAAAGGCACAGAAGUUGGAGAACAGACUUAAAGCCCUCAUAAACAAAGCUCCUGUGAUGCUUUUCAUGAAGGGAAGCAAACAGGUGGCAAAAUGUGGAUUCAGCAAGCAAAUUGUGGAAAUCAUGAAUAAUACUGGCAUUGACUAUGAGACGUUUGACAUACUGGAAGAUGAAGAGGUGCGGCAAGGAUUGAAAACCUAUUCCAACUGGCCGACGUAUCCUCAGUUAUAUGUGAAAGGUGAACUUGUUGGAGGGCUGGAUAUCAUUAAGGAACUAAAGGAAACGGGUGAAUUGCUGCCUGUUCUGAAGGGAGAAAAUUAAUGGAAAAAGGACAUCAAUGGGAACAGGAACACUUUGAACAAUUUAUUCACUUCUGGUAUCAGAGCAAUAGGCAACGUAGCCCUGUGGAACUGAUCAGGAGUAAAUAAACAAACACAGCUUAUGUCCUCUGUGUGUUUCACAAGACCAUGCUACAUAUGAAAACGUGUUUCCACUGAAGAUGCAAACAUGUCAAGGUCUUCAAAUUCAAUUAAAAUACGAUGCU